GACAAAAGCUUUAUUUUUGGUGUAACUUUUAGAAAUUAUAAUUGAAAAUUUUCGGAAUUCCUUCCUCAUCUCCUUAAUCUUCCUGUUCAGCUUUUAAAAGCUAAAUCGUACAAUAAUAAUUAUUAUUACCUAUACCACUAAAUAAAAAUGAUAAAAUCAAAACUUUUAUUUAAUCUUGUAAAAAUUACAGAAAAUGUAUAAUUAAGAUAUAUUAUGAAACCUUAUUCCAAAAUUGAUUCUCUGCUACAGAACAAUUUUUUAAUUUGUUUAUUUUAUUUCUUGAAUUUUUCUGCCCUCCUGAUUUGGAAGCUGAUUAAUUUUAUUAUAAUCUAUAUGAGAAUUUUGUGGUAUUUGUUUAUCUUUUUGAAGUUAUGGUGUUACAGUUGAUUGCAAUUUGUACCUGUCUAACAUCAAUGAUUUGGGGCAUCACUAGGGUAACGAAAUACGCGACACCAAUUCACGUCAGCCUUCGUCAUCCAAUACCCAUGGGACGAUGGAUAAUCCUGAACAUAAAAAUGGGCAUUUGAGACCAAACGGACAAGAGAUGCAUGAAAGACCGAGAUCUAGAUCACCUUCACCAGUCUGUUCCAGACAUCAAUCCCCAACUCCACCCAGAACAAGGGGAAGAUCCCCAACACCCAUUGAAAGAUCUCCUUCACCUCGAAGAACCAAUCAUGAAGUCUCUUUUUCUGAUGCAGUCGGUGAUGUGGUAGAUGUCGCAAAACAAGAAACUUUUAUUAAAACUAAAGAUAAAUCUUAUAUAAGAGAAGAAUCUUAUCUUUCCCAUCCAUAUGAUGCACCACCUCGAGGGAGAUCUCCUGUUCGAGAUAAAUUUUGGACAGAAGAGACAAUACCUCGGGAUCGUGAUUAUCAUAGCUCGUGUUUACAUCGUCGUUCCCGAACACCCAGUCCAGAUCCAAGUCCUAGCCAAAAUGAAUACUAUGGCACAACACAACUGCAGCAGCGAUCUAGAAGUCCAAGUCCAUCUUCAGUCCACAGUCUGCCAAUCCAACGGAGGCCAAGGGGAGGACGUAAAUUGCCACCAACCCCGACCAAACCUUCUACGCUUCGGCUUGAAAUUCAUUCGGUAGAAGGUAUCAACUUUCCUUUGGUUUCCCAUUCUCCCACGGUGCCCCAGCCAACUAGGUCACCUGGCAAGAUUAACUUUCCCAAAGUGAAUGCCUCGCCAACCCAUGCUGUGUUCCAGAUGACAACCCAGUGGAGAGAAAGGACAGCUAAAGCUAGUGGUCCUCACAUUAUUAGAAGUGUCAGAUCCAAUCCUGCAAAAGAGACUCGCAGUAUAGAGCGAGAGUUUUAUCCUCAGCAGCCUUAUACAGUGUUACGGAGAAAUGAAGAACCACUAAGUUUUGAAGCAGCUGCAGCUAUAGGACGAGGUUCUCGCUUGUUGCCUUCACCUCUUCCUAAUGGCUACAAACCAAUGCAGAGGAGGGAUCCAACUCUUUUAAAUGUUAGGACGAGAAGAGUUAGGGUCAGAACCAGCAAUUCAGAUGAAGAUGACUGGUGCUAGCAAAGGAUUUGCGGUUUAGGCCGCAUAUUUCCUAUAAGAAACAUUAAGAUGAGAAAAUCGGUUCUCAAUUGUACAUAAAUAUCAUUGAUUUUUAUUUUAAUUUUGAAUGAGAAUCAAAUGAUUCUCUAAUGAAAACAAAACAGGAACUAUUUUCUACCACAUCUGUGUUCAUAUAGAGUCUGGGGUUUCCAAAUAUUAUUUCUGUUACCAUUGAUAUCAAUCAUUUGAAAUUUUAACAUAUCAAGCUUAAUGAGAUUAUUACUAAUGUAUCUGAAGUCAAAAGAAUUUCAAUGAGCAAGUUUUUCAUUUGUAAUUAUUUUUGUUUGUAAUAAGAAAUCUUAUACAUAAUAUUGAAUAUAUAUAUAAAUUUAUUUCAAUUCUUUUGUAAUAAAAAUUAUCAUCUAACUUAUAUGAAAUGUUUUCUUAUUCAUAUUAAGAAUGUUAUAAAAUAAUUUAUGAUACUAGCUUAUCAAAUAUGAAAACAACAGUAUUUUCUUUGCAUGCAAUAUAUAAUAGAUAUGUUUUAAUAAAUUUACAAUGGCCAAUGGAAACAAUUUGGAUGCCCCUGACAUUGAUGUCACAGUAUAUACUUACUUUAAAAAGGACCUGUAAAGAAACUUUUUAUUUUGUCUUUUAGAUUCUAAUUCCCAUUCUAGAGACCAAUUCUGUCUUUCACGGCUACUCUGUGAUAGAAUCUGGAUGCUCACAUCUAUUACUUGGAUUCUUCAGGACAUCAACAUAUCACAAUUUUCAAAAUUUUCACCAUUUAGAUUGGUGGAACGAAUUGUAUCUCUUCAUUAUAAUGUAAAUGCAUGUGAUUCUUAUGAUCAAUGUCAAUCUUUUACUUAAUACUCAGUUGUUAAUCCCUUGUUGGAUUUAACAGCAACUUUUGAUUAAAUUAAUCAACAUUUGAAAAGCUGAAAUUAUAAUUUCUUGGAAAAUUUCUUAUGAGAUCUAGAAGUAGUGUCAAUGUGUUAUUUAAUUUAUAAAUCUAUGAAAAUAUUUCUUCCCUUUUUGAAAUUUCUCCAAUACUAUGUGGGUGAAAUAAAGAUUUAUUUUAAUAGCUUUUUCAGAACUGGCCAAUUUACCAAAUUCUCAUUACUGUUAUUAUUUAACAUCUUAUUGUCUCUGAAAAAAGUGCCACCAGCGAGUGGAAAAGAAAAGCUCUAAUUCCUGUCCAUUGUGCCAACCAUGUUGUUGGAAUGGCAAAAAGAAAAUUGCCAACUCAAUAUUCUACUCACUAAAUAAAGCAUUAGAAUGUUAAUUUGUAAAUAAAAUUGAGAGAUUUGAAAUUUAUUUAAUUUUUCUAAAUUGGAUGUGGAGCAAUUCAGAAAAAAAAAUACUUUAUUACAAUGAAGAUAUUGUUCCUUAUAACUGUUAUCUAUUGCACUUUAGAAAUUUUGGGAGGAGAUUGUUUAGAAGCUUCAGUAAUAUUCCAGACAGUAAGCAAAACUGUUAAAAGUUUAUUUCUAUAUUAUCCAUGAUUUGCAGCUGAUAUUUAUAUUUCUGUUUUUAAAGAAAAUUCAUUCCAGAUUAAAAAAAUUAAAGUAUUCCUGAUGCUAGAUGAAUUAUAUCAAUUUUUUCUCUAUAUAUACAUUUUUCUACUAAAUACAGCUAAUUGCUGUAUCUGAUACUUUCUAUGCAACUGUAAAGGCAGAAUUUAUAAUAAUUUAAUUAUUUAAUUGCAUGUUUGGCAGUAUGGUAUCUGAGCUUCAAUCUUCAUCAAAUCAUUGAAUGGUGAAAUGAAUAAAAAAAUAUAUAUAUAUAAUGUAUUGUAUAAUGUGUAAGGAUUUAAGAGUAUUUAUAUUGAAUUUUUGAUUGACACAAUAAGUGUUUAUUGGUGAAAGACAUGUAAAAAAUAUAUUAAUGGUAAGCAACUGUAUUGACAUCUGCUUAAUAUUUCAAGUUUCUUUCCCUCAAGAAAAAGCUGCAACAAGUGCCAAGCAGAGUUGACUGUUCACAACAAGAUAUUUGAGGGAAAACUGGAGCUUUGUGCCUUACUUGUAUUUCUGUGGCAGAUUCUACUUGUCUCUAGUCUGUCUAUUUUUUUUUUUUUUUUCUUCUUUGUGUCUAUUUGUACUUUAAACUCCAGGUUACCUGUUACCAUCUCGUUACGAAAGGAAUAAAAUUUCUUCAUUUAAAUAUUUGUCAUUUUUUAUUUUUGUUCAUAUCAAAUAAAAAUAGAUUUCAAUGUUUAUUUCAAUAUAUUUUUUUAAAAUACAGGAAUUUCAUUUGAAUAUUAGAUGUUACAAUUUUAUAAUUGUAUAAAUGCCCAGAUCAGUUUAGAAUAACUUUGUAAACAUUUAAAUUAAAAAAUUGGAUAAUAACUGUGAUUAUUGUCUCCAUUUAUAUUUCAUUCAUUAUGAAAAUUAAUCAAAUUAU